GGAGGAUCCCCACCCGUGAGCAUGGCGGUGUGCUAGAGUAUAAAUGAAGACCGGAGAGGGCAGACGGAGAUGGAAAACACUAAUAUGCGCCCCGAUCGCUGCAAGUAAUCAGGUUUUAACGGACUGUGUAAUAAUUCACCGAUGCCAGAGGCAGUCUGCUGGGUUUCUCCACGCAGUCUUCGCUUACUUCUAUAGGAUGGUGAGCUGAGCAGCUAAAAAGCGAAAGUUAUUGGUAAUUGUAUCUAUCCAGCCGUUCCCCGGUGCUCCGUGAUCAUGAAGCGCUGCUGCGGGAAGCGAGGCGUGUUUAGUCCGCGGACAGGCUCGUUUAAACGCCCUAAACAUGAAUGCCAUAGUCAUGUCGAGUGCCGUGUGAGUUUAUUUUGAUUCGUUGAGCCGUUCAGACCGGAGAGAUGCGCGAGUAUAAAGUGGUGGUCCUCGGCAGCGGCGGGGUCGGUAAAUCCGCCCUCACCGUGCAGUUCGUCACCGGGACGUUUAUUGAGAAGUACGACCCGACCAUCGAGGAUUUCUACCGUAAGGAGAUCGAGGUGGACUCGUCGCCGUCGGCACUGUACAUCAAAAACCGACAGGGGUUCAUUCUGGUCUACAGUCUGGUGAACCAGCAGAGCUUCCAGGACAUCAGGCCCAUGAGAGACCAGAUCAUCCGAGUCAAGAGGUAUGAGAAGGUCCCUGUGAUCCUGGUGGGGAAUAAGGUGGAUCUGGAGGGCGAGCGAGAGGUGUCUGUGAGGGAGGGACAGGAGCUGGCCGAGGAGUGGGGCUGUCCGUUCAUCGAGACGUCUGCCAAGAGCAAGACCAUGGUGGACGAACUCUUUGCCGAGAUCGUACGGCAGAUGGACUACGCGGCACAGCCGGAUAAAGAUGAUCCGUGCUGCUCCUCCUGCAAUAUACAAUAACCCCCCAAUAGCACACACUCAGAGAACUCACAUUACAGUAGCUUUGAUGGACCUGCAGACUGACAGUAACUCUGAGGAUUUUUUUGUUUUCUUGUCACUUUAAAUCCUGACUGACUCAACCACAGGAAGAGCACUUGCCUUAGGUUUCACGUUUCCUGUUUGAGCAGGAUCCUGCAGUGGCGAUGAGUUGGACAUUUACGUUCUUGGUCUUAUGGUAUUGAUGACUUUAUCUGAAUUUGUCACCAGGUCAGAGAGCGAGAGAGAGAAAAUAAGAGGGUUCUUAGCCAUAUGCUUGAUAUAGCCAUAUAAUAAUUUAAUGAAGACUUUAUAAAUGUCCAUUUAUUUGGGAAUAAAUCCCUCAAAAUCUUCAUUUUCUCAUCAAUUUCUUUUCUGACACAGAAAAGGU